GGGAGAUUUUUCCCCUCUGUAGCCUCUCGCAGAAGAUCAGAGCUUGAAUUUACCGAAGGAGCAGCUGCUGGCAUGGUCUAACUUUAACAGUUCUUAGCAUGACACUAGCAAGUCUACAAUGGGUGAGAGACAGGAGCCCCUGGCCAUGACAGUCCAUCUCCUUGCCAACUCUGGGCAUGGCUCGCUUCUGCAGCGAACUCUAGACCAGCUUUUAGAUGGAAUUUGCCCAGAGGUCCGCCUUUUUCUGGUGUCAGAGCGGGUCAGCCCCGUGAAAUCCUAUGAGAAGUACCACUCCAAGCGCUCCAGGUUCCCAGGGAUGUCUGUUUUGCUCUUCCUGCAUGAAAGCCUCGGAGAGGAGCGAAUAUUUCACAUUCUCGACUCUCUCCAGCAUUCACCUUGGCAGUGCUACCCUACCCAGAACACCCACGGGAGACUCUGUCCCUCCCUUCUUGCCAAUGAGGAGUUCUACAGUCUGGACAACCAGAUGCCCGUGUGGGGAGUGAGGCAGGUGCACUGUGGCACAGAGAUCCUGCGGGUGACGUUGUACUGCAGUUUUGACAACUACGAGGACGCCAUCCGACUCUAUGAGAUGAUCUUGCAGAAAGAAGCCACUUCGCAAAAGAGCAACUUCUGUUUCUUUGUGCUUUACUCCACCGCGACCUUUGCUCUGCAGCUCUGCCUGAAGCAGCUGCCCCUUGGGAUGUCAGUGGACCCCAAAGAGUCUUCAGUGCUGCAGUUCAAAGUUCAAGAGAUUGGCCAGCUAGUGCCUCUUCUGCCUAAUCCCUGCAUUCCCAUUAGCAGCACCAGGUGGCAAACUCAGGACUACGAUGGCAACAAGAUUCUGCUGCAGGUCCAAAUGCAUCCAGGACUUGGUGUUAGGAAUGCUGAGCUUUCCUCUCUGAAUGGUGCCUCAGGGGCUGACACACUUCUCCAGGGCUCCAGGCUAGCCCCUGUCUCCACAAAGAGGAGCCUAGAACCAAGGAGCCGGAGAAGCAGAAUCAGGAGCUCCAAGGUGGAUUCUCCGGAGCUUCUAGAGCCAGGUGGGAGUCUAACAUCUGACAGCUUUAGUGGCACUUCAUGGAAAAGCCCUAGCUGGUCACCCUCAGUUGGUAGCCCAGCCAUGGGUACCUGGCUGCAUCUGCCUUCUCCUCACUUUGAUUCUGGGGUCAGAAUAGAGGACCUCAGCCAAAGAAAUCGCUUUCAGAAGCUUGAGGCAGAAAUGAAUGUUGACACAGGAUUCACUGUGGUCAAUUCUGAACCCAGGCAAUCUUCUUUAAGCCGAUUUCCAAGGGAUAUGCAGACCAGCCAGCCUCCAUCCUGCUUGCCAGCUGCCUCUUUAGUGGCAGCUGCCUCCAAAAACAACAGAGCCUUUGAGGAAAGAGUCCUUUCUUUGUCACUUCCUGACCAGAGGGACCUUGGUACAAGGAAGAGAAUCUCAAAAUGUCCCCUUCAUUGGCCGGUUCAGAAGGAAGAAAAAGAAGGAGGAGAAGAAGAAUUCUUCAUAUAGCACAAAACAUAUGUGAUUUUACAAGAUAUGAGAUCAGAUACAAUUUUCUAGAAAUAGAGCACUGACCCAGAAGAGGCCUGUUUCUUGUUAAAGGGCUGGGGGGUGGGGUGGAGGGGAGGCUGAAUGCUACCCAUGAACAAAUCUGUAUUGCUUUUAUUUCAAAGGUUAAAAGUCUAAAAGUGCUGUGAGUGGUUGUUUAUUUGCCAUCACAGUCAUAAGGGAACACAGCCAGCGUAUAGGGGCAAAGCCUACUGCCUUGUGUUCCCCGGAGAAGCACUAACCCAGCUUGAUAUGUUGAGUUCAGCACCUAUCAAGAUAAUUGUGUUGUAUGUAAAUGAGUCGGCUGUGUUAUGCAACAGUCAUUAGUGUGUGUAAUUUGGUUUUGAUUUUUACUUGGGCUGCAUAGCUCAUCCCCUUGGACAGCAUGGCAUAGCUAUUCUUUAGUGCUUUUUAAUUUUUAUGUGACCUCUCUUGAUAACUAGGCCUUGUUCACCACAUACACUCUUGUGAUUUUGCCUUUAAAGUUGUUUGUUUCUGGAACUAGUUAAAAUGCAAAGUGUUCUGAAAAUUACUAACAAUUUUUCCACAUGUUAAAUGAGCCGAAACACUGGAAGCCAAAAAACCAGGUUAAAAUUGAAAGCUGGACUCAAGGGUUUUCUCGCUCUUCGGUUCCUCAUCUGUUUCUGCAUGACUCCAGAGGGGCUGGUGAUUUGACAUCUCCCCUGAGGAGAGCUGGGCUGGAUUAGCUGGGACACUGGAUCAGGACUUGUGGUUCUUCUGGCCGUAUUUGAUUCCCUAAAUUUUUUGCAAUAUUCAUUAAUUAAUUCAUUAAACAAAUAUUUAUUGAGCACUGAGGUUUGAAUUAUGUGGGCAUUGAUGGUUCAGUGGUAGAAUUCUUCCCUUUUGCACAAGAGACCUGGGUUUAAUUCCUGGCCAAUGCACCUCAAGCACAGCUAUCACCUCUCUGUCCAUGGAGGCUUGCGUGUUGCUAUGACGCUGAACAGUUUUCAGAGGAACUUCCAGAUUAAGACAGAUUAGGAAAAAAGACCUGGUGAUCUACUUCCAAAAAUCAGCCAACGAGCCUCUGUGGACUACAACGGUUAGAUCUGCAACCAUUCAUGGGGAUGGUGCAGGACUAGGCAGCAUUUAGUUCAUUGUGCAUGGGGUCAACAUAAGUUAGGACCAAUUCGAUGGCAGCUAACAACAAUAAACACAAUAGAUUUGAAUAGGGCAUUCUAUACAUGGUACAGUCUGUGACCAUGAAACCCCAAAACUGUUUAUAAUUUUGCCAUCUUGAUAACUUCUUUCUACUUACUCUUAAAAAGAUGUUCAAGUCCAAACUUAUUUCUCCAGGAACUUUCCAAAAUUGGCUCCACACUUGCCAUACACUACCUGAAGAUGGACACUGGGAUGACUAUGAAGAUAGACAAUUAUGAAUUACAAUUAUAAUCAUAAUGGACAAAUUCUCGGUUGCCCAUAAACUAAAUUUUUUUUGAUUAGUUCAUUUACACACAUUUAAAAAAUCUGAGGUCUAUGUGUUUUAGUACAUUUACAAGAUUGUUAGACUUCAUGUACUUCAUUCUCCAGAAAGGAUAUUGCAUAAGAAUAUAAACGACACAGAGGCUGCAAAAAUAGGCUCAAACUUAUCUAUAUUGUGAGGAUGGUGCAGGACCAGGUAAUGUUUCGUUCUGUUACAUAUAAGGUUGCCAUGAGUCAAGAUGAAU